CAAAGACAGAAGAGCUUGGAAAAGAAUCAUGUAAAAAAAUGUAUCUAGGUGUUGGUGCAGAUUGGAAACCAAAGAAUAAGAAUUGAUAAUGUCAGGGAGCUUAUUUGGAAAGAUUGCUUUCUAUCCAACAUUAUAUUAUAACAUAUUUAUGACAAAGAUAACAAGCCAAAAAUGGUACAACAGAAUUGAUGAAACAGUUGUAUUGGGUGCUCUCCCCUUGAAGGAAUACAGUAAAAAGAUUGUUGAAGAUGAGAAUAUUAAAGGUGUGAUCAGUUUGAAUGAAGACUGGGAAAUGAAAGGAAUGAUUCCAACAGAAAAGGAAUGGAAGGAUCUUGGUGUAGAGCAGUUAUUGUUACAGACAGUAGAUUAUGUAGGAACACCUACCCAGGAGAAUAUUAACAAAGCUGUUCGUUUUAUUAUGAAUUAUAGAAAGAGAGAAGAGAGUGUAUAUGUCCACUGUAAAGCUGGCAGAACCAGAAGUACAACUAUAGUAGCAUGUUAUUUAGUUUAUGCAAAUAAAUGGACACCUGAAGAAGCUGUAGAAUUUAUCAAAACUAAGAGAUCUCAUGUGUGGUUACGAGAUAAACAAAUUAAGUCUAUUCAUACUUAUUUUGAAAACCUGAACACAUUUUCGGAAAAUACAGCAGGAUCUUGAUAUUGCAUGAUCAAUUUAUCUGAUAAUUUCUAUGGACAGUUUAUUGUGUGUUGUUGGUCAAGAUUAGAAUUCAUAAUUCUCUUUGCUGAUGUUGGCAGAUUUUAUUACAUUUGCAGAAUUAUUAAUGCUGAAAUAUGUUAUCAUGUUAUGUAUGAACUGAUUUUAGAGUGUUACGUUUAUCUUGCCUGUGAUGAUCGAAUUAUGAUUAAUGUUUGAAAUUGAGUUCAACUCUAUUUAGCUGAAGGCUUAGAAUAGAAUUCAUUUCAAAUUUGUUAUUAAUGUUGGCAUUUGGUUCAGAAUUAUUGACUGCUAACUGAAUAAUUUUUUUUUAAAGCUAUUCUGUUAAAGAGUUUUAAGGAAACAAAUAAUGAAGAAAAAUGGAAAAUAAAAUCGUGAAAUUAGAAGAUAUUUAUAAUCUUUAUCAAUUAGUCAUACUUUGAACAAAAAGUGUGCAAAUUUAAAUCAUUAAUAAAAAGAAAAAUAUGUUCUUGCAUUCUCAGAUACUGGAAAGGGAGGUUACUCACACAUUGAAAGAACCAAGGCAACAUUUAUAACUUAAUGUUCAAACUAGGCAUUUACUCUAGUAUUGUAGCUAUUGAAUUAUUCAAAAUUCUACAUACACAUUUUUGUACAAGUUAUUGUUGAAAUAUCAUGUAAUUAUAGUGGAGAUUUACUUUUAUAUUGAGUAUUGUUAGUGUGCUUACCUGUGAUUUUAUCACCUAUUACACCAAAUAUCUUUAUGUUAAUUUAUACUGAUUUUUAUAGGCAAUGUUAUUGUAUGAAAAUGGAAUGUUGUGAAACAAAGCCUUUAGAAUUAUUAGUGCAAUGAAUAAAGCCAAAGUAUUUUUUUUUA